CGCCCACGCGCGGUGCUCCCCGGGGGCUGGCACAGGUCCAGAGGCGGGAGGUAUCCGCAUGGGGGCGCUCGAGCCCACUGGGCCCCGAGCCAAGCGGCGGCUGUGUGUGUUCGCAGAGGUGGUCGGCGUGGGCUGCGUCCUGGACGGGGUGCGCUACACCAACGGCCAGUCCUUCCAGCCCAGCUGCAAGUACAACUGCACGUGCGUGGACGGCGCCGUGGGCUGCACACCCCUGUGCGUGCGCGCGCGCCCCCCGCGCCUCUGGUGCCGCCGCCCCCGGCGGGUGCGCGUGCCCGGCCGCUGCUGCCAGCAGUGGGUGUGCGACGACGGUGCGACGACGCCGCGCAAGACGGCGCAGCGCCACACAGGCGCCCGAGCGGCCACGGGUGAGGUGGAGCCGUGGCACAGGAACUGCAUAGCCUACACGAGCCCCUGGAGCCCUUGUUCCACCAGCUGCGGCCUGGGGGUCUCCACUCGUAUCUCCAACGUCAACACCCGGUGCUGGCCUGAGCAGGAAAGCCGCCUCUGCACCCUGCGGCCCUGCGACGUGGACAUCCGUCCACACAUCAAGGAAGGGAAGAAGUGUUUGGCCGUGUACCAGCCCGCGGCAUCCAUGAACUUCACCCUCGCCGGCUGCACCAGCACGCGUCCCUACCGGCCAAAGUACUGUGGGGUGUGCACAGACAGCAGGUGCUGCAUACCCUACAAGUCCAAGACCAUCGACGUCUCCUUCCAAUGUCCCGACGGGCCUGGCUUCUCCCGCCAGGUCCUAUGGAUCAACGCUUGCUUCUGCAACCUGAGUUGUAGGAAUCCCAACGAUAUCUUUGCCGACUUAGAAUCCUAUCCUGACUUCCCAGAAAUUGCCAAUUAGACGGGUACAAAACACGGGGCUCGGGCAUGGCCCAGUGUGUGCAAAGCAGCCAGCCCUCCGAGGCCCCCAGUUGAGCCUUCUUCGUCCACUUCCCGUUGACUUCUAACUAUCCUGAUCCAGACCGUCAGCCCCCUGUCCUGUUUCCAACCACCCGAACGACCCGUUCUGCUGCUGCUCGGGCCCAGACUCUGACUUCUCUCCUUGGCUGUGUUCUGCAUAUGCUCCAAAGUGACUGUCUCCAGCUCUUCUGGACAAAACCCAAGCCUGUCCAAGUCACUGGAAGUCCUGCUGGAUCUUACCUGAGUUCCAAGGAACAGAAUCAGCUAGGCAUUUCACAUCACUCCUUCCCUUUCUAGAUGCCAAACCACAAGACUCUUUGGGUCCGUUCAGAAGCACAGAUGGGAUCUACAAUGGAACAGUCUAUUAUGUGGGUCCUGCCAUGUGGACGCUGAUAGACAGUUCUGACCGUAGCACACCCAAGUGUCUCUGAUUCCGAAGAUUUGGGCUAAGUCUCUCAUCACCCCUGCAUGGUAAAUGGUCCACACUGGUUUGUUUUGGUCAGAAAUGCAAUUUGAUGACUUUCAUUCUUAUUCACGGGAAAAGUCUCCAGUCAAUACUCUAGGGUCAGAACAGGGUCGGCCAAUUUUCAGAAGUGAUGGACCCUGGCGUGAAUCUGCUGCUGACCAGCAGGACACCGGGCAGCUGGCCAGCUCUUCUGGGCAUCCAGACCCUCUCCCUGCUUCGGGGCUCCUGGGAGUUGGGGGAGCCCUUAGGAUGGCCCCUCUGACCCCUGAGAGUGGCAUCCCGGGACGUUGCUCUGCUCUUACGGGCCUUGGGAGACCCCGCUGAAGUCCGGGCCAGACCCGCUUAAAGUAACAGAGACAGCUACAGGCUGUAUGUGGCUCAAACCACGAAGUGGAUCCACUCUGCAUCAGUCUGGGGCACAAGGACACCGCUCUUUCUGCUGCAGUGACCCUUCUCACAGACUUCGGGUCUGCUGACCCAAACCCCCAGUCCUGGUGUGAAGACAGGUUUACCAAUUGUCUAGAAACGGAAAUAUAUUUAACAGGGACUAAAUGCCAAAGUGGGUUGAAGCUUAAAAGGAACAGAAGAUUGUUAUGAAUGGAAAUGAGACUAUUAUUUAUCUUGUUAGCAGAAUAUAAAUAUUUACUGUUGACUUUACGACCCGCGUCUCUGUCCUUACUUUUUUAGAGCUCCCGAGCGUGUCGAGCAGGAAAACAUGUCAGAGUAACCGACUUCCUGCCCUUGUUUUUUCACUCUUUUCACUGCCUCUCUAGCUCCUUUCCCAAGAGAAGCGUAUCUCGCUUUCAGGUAAUGUAGGUGCCUGAGCAUCCAAAAAAAAAAAAAAAUACAGGAUGGACAAAACUCCAUGAAUCGGUCCUCCCCUCCUUCAGAUCAGGAGCCAGCUCUCAUCAUGAAUUUAAGAGAUGGUUUUGUUUAUCCAAUGCUUCGGAUGAGAGAUGUGCGGGUUAUUCCUGAGGGAAUUCGGUGUUGGUGGGCCAGGGGUUCUGAAAUAGGAAAAAAGGACUGGAAAUAUGCCUUCCUGACCAUGACCUCCCCCACGCCUGGUCCAUACAAGGCAUACAGUGGUCCUCAAUAUAUAUUUGUGGAAUAAAAGACACCAUGUAUGUGUUCCUACUUUUACUCAGAGGCUCUCUUCUUCCAAAGGUACAGAUCUUAUCAGCCAACUCUUAUUUAAAGUGCUCUAGGAAGGAGACACUGGAUAUUUAACAAAUGUAUUUUUUUGUUGAAAAAGACAUUUUGUGUGAAGAGCGUUUACCGCAAGAAUAAGCUCUUCUCUAAGCCUGUGUGGAUCUAUGUUGGAUUUUCUCAGAGUGAAAUUACCUGAGGUCUACAAAUCACCAGGACCGGAUGACGGCUAACCGCGUUUGAAAUUCAGCAGAAAUCCAAGAGCGAGGUUCUUCCUGACUCUGCAUCCCAGUUUGGAAACAUGAGCAUAGCUUCCAAGAUCCUAGGAAACCUGGAUGGAGGAAUCCGGGAGUGCCCUGGGGCCGAGUGGGCUGGGGUAACUCCGGUUAUAUUGGUUUUGAGAAAUGGACGUGUCCUAGGCAGGCCCCCCUGGGAAAAGUCUCAGCUCCAUGUUCUGAAGUCAUGGGGAAGGAGAUUUGGGACCAAUGCAAGGAAAACCUUUCUAGCAGUCAGAUUCGCUCGGCAGUGGUGUGACCGACCUCAAUAAAAGUUAGGAAUAUUAGUCACAAAGAAAAAAUGCCCCUUUUUUGAAGGCCUCCUUGGUGCCACCCACUUUGCUUAAAUUAUCUUACUAACAUUCAUGACGUUUGGAAGGAAGCUUCUCGUCCUCAUGUCUAUACGUGGAAAGUUUGAGACUCAAAGAGGCUGAGAAAUCAGCCAAAACAAAUUGGAGCCCAAAUUCCAGCUUAUUCCCCUCGGCCUGGCUCUUGGGGAAGCCUCCAGGAAGAGCACGAAUGACCCCCAGAAGAGCGUCUCAUUGGCAAGGCCAUCCAGUAGACAAGACAGAUGGUGUCUCCAGUCCUUUGUUACUCCGUGUUCUGGGAUAAGGGGAAGGUACACGAAGGAUUUGUUAGCCUUUGGUGAAGAAAUUCACAUUAGCGCCUCAAGUGAAUUUCUCUGGUGUGCUUAGGUGGGGAGAGAGGAAACCUGUAUUCUCAGACCACCACUUCUUGCUAAACCUUAUUGUCAACACUUGGCGAGCACUUACUGA